AUGGCAAAAAAGAAAACGAAAAACAAACAAACAACACAAGAACAGAUUGAAAACGUUCUCAGUCCAAGAUCAAUACAUAGACAGUUACAACAAAAUCAUAUCAUUGACUGGGAAAAUUCCAAACAAAUCGACAGGGAAAACAACAUUUUCAGGCGCCUGACCAAGGAAGGCAUCUGGAUAUGCUGUAGCGGCCAGUACUUCACAAGGGGAGCUGGGGGAAGGGAGGGAUACUUACAGGCAGACUACACACAGUCAUGUGUGGCAGGGUUUGAAUUUUGGAGGUUCCAAGAGGAAAAGUUUGGAACAUCACAGGAUCAGCUUUUAGAUAGGGCAAACACUGGUUUUUAUGAUAAUGUUCCAGCUGUCAUUAUCUACACUAGUGGAACCACAGGAAACCCAAAGGGUGUUGUGCUGACCCACAAGAAUGUCACAGCUAACAUGGAAGGAAUGGUGUUGUCAUGGAAAUGGGCCAGCACUGACCGCAUCCUUCAUGUACUGCCACUGUAUCAUGUUCACGGUCUGGUGAAUGCACUCAUGACUCCAUUGUACUGUGGUGCCACCUGUGUUAUGUUGCCGAAGUUUGAUGCACAUGAGGUGCUGAUGAAGCUAACAGGAAAAGAAGACAUAACUGUAUUGAUGGCAGUUCCUACUAUUUAUGCAAAGUUAAUAGAAUACUUGAAGGUCUUAGACCAGGAAUCUGACCUGUCAUCGAAUGACCAGCACAUCAAGGCUAAAGUUGGUGAAAUGCGAUCCAGAAUAAGGUUGAUGGUUAGCGGUUCAGAUGCACUCCCCAGAACUGUCUUGGAACAGUGGGAAGCAAGGACUGGUCACUUCCUAUUGGAGAGAUAUGGAAUGUCUGAAACAGGAAUGAUUCUCACCAAUAACAUUGAUACAGUGCAUUCUAGUGAUUGGGAUUGGAAGAAAAAAAUAAUUGGUACUGUAGGUAAUCCAAUGCCUUACGUCAGUGUAAAGGUAGUGAAAUUCUCCGAGACUGAUCCUGACAAGUAUGAUGUAUUGUGUGAGGGGUCACCAGAGGGCACUACUGUACACACAGAUGAGGCUGUGACUGGAGAGCUACUGGUUCAAGGUCCCAAUGUAUUCAAUAGUUACUGGAACUUGCCCAAGGCCACACAGGAAUCUUUUACAACUGAUGGCUGGUUCAUCACGGGUGACAAUGUCCAUUACAACGGGGAGCUGUAUAAGAUACAAGGGAGAGUCAGUGUUGAUAUAAUCAAAGUUGGAGGCUUCAAAAUUAGCGCCCUUGACAUAGAGCAGGUUCUAAGGACCCACCCAGACAUCAGUGAUGUCGCAGUGAUUGGGAAGCCUGAUUCUAUGUACGGUCAGAAGGUUGUGGCAAUUAUUUGUCUCCGUGGGAACACAACCCUGAUGUUGGAGGAAGUUCGGAAUUUCUGUACAGAUAAACUGCCCAGUUAUCAAAUUCCCACUAUACUGGAAGUGAUGACAGAGUUACCCAGGAAUCAUAUGGGCAAGUGUAAUAAAAAGCUUCUGUUAAAGACUUUCUACCCAGACAUCAGUUAGUCACCAGUUAUAAAACCAGAUAUGUGCUGUUAACCAACUUUUUCUUGUAUGAUUUAUUUUCGUGAAAGUUAAUUGAAAGACAUUACAGGGAUAAUUAGCAACAAUUUUUAUUACAUAAUCUAUUUUGUGAAAAUUAAUCAGUGCAAACUUGUUAAGAUGCAUAAAUUGCGUAAAGCUGGUAACCACAAAGUUGUGUUACUGUCAACAGUAUUCUGGAAUUGUUCACUUUGUUAAAGAUCAUUUAUUUCAUAUUUGUACAUGUUUAUGAUUUCUGUCAAAGAAGAAGUGUUCUUAUGACAUCAAUUUUGUAUAUACAAUGUAAUUUAUGUAAAUGAUGGUGUUUGUGAUUAGCGACAUUGUAUGACAAUGUUUGUAUCCCUAACUAAGCAUGAUAAAUUAAUGCCAUUUAGGAUUAAAAGUCCCUAAAUACAGUCAUCCUAGUACUCCUCGGGACAAUUAAAAAAUCAAAACAGGGAGUUAUAAAAAUUGCUCUGACAGAGGCUGAAGUGUAUUAAAUCUCAAUUCUUUAUCAAUGUGUGAACGUGUGGUUAUAAAAUAAUGUAAUUGACCCCAAAGGGCCAAGUGAGCU